CAGCAGCAGCAGCAGCAGCAGCAGCAGCAGCAGCAGCAGCAGCAGCAGCGGGAGCAGCAGCAGCAGCAGCAGAAGGGAGAUGGCAACCACCGAGCUGAUGGCUGCAUUGAUAAGCAGCAACCCCCCCUGGUGGAGCAGGACAAAGAAGCAUUGCGUGCUAAAAAGCGACGACGACAGCGGGCACGGAAAAUUAACAAGAGGCAGCGCUUGCGCAGGGAACGUAUAGCAGCCCAGGAAGCUCUGCGAAACAAUGUGACGCAGCUACCUCACAAGUCUACGUGUGAAAGCCUCAUCCCACAGACGGCGUGCGAAGUCACGACCUCUGCUCCCAUUGUGAUAUCGGACUCAUGCAACGAGGGCACGGCCAGCGAUCUAGGUUACGAAAAGUCGGGGCUAGGUGGUGCCGCUGGUGAUGGGGCCACGACUGGAUGUACAAGUGUGGAGCCGUGUGAGAUAUCGGAUUCGGAUUCCUCUUCAGACUGUUUCGUCGUGGAAGGCGAGCUCCUAGUAAACGCUGUCAGAACCGGCCCCACAGCGGUGAUGCAAGAUUUUGAUUUUGACUGCUAUGUCGUAGAGCCUGCGUUCUCAGGAGGUACUAGUGUCAGACAGUUGCCGGUGAAUGACGGCGUUGCUGUAGGGACACCUAUGCAAACCCGAUUGCAGUUGUCACCGAAUAAAACACAAAACCCCGGCCGAUCAGCAGUCCAUGAGAAACAGUGGCAGAACAACCAGAAAAACAGAGAUGAAGAUGGUAUAGGAGGAGCAGAAGGGGGAGGAGAACGAGGAGCAGGGGGAGGAGGAGGAAGUAAAGAAGGAAGGAGGCUAGCGAGCAAUACACAGAGAAAAACCUCUGUUUGUGAUCUUGUUGGCGUAGCUGUUAGAGAGAAAGCAGGGAGCGUUUCUCAUCAUGUUUCGGUGUGUGAUUCACAUGCAUCUGAUACAAAAGUUACACUAGCUGUGCAUGAUGGAGAUGGCACACCAAGUAAGGGUGACGACAGUGCCAAGCCCACCAAGUGUGUGAUAGCACAAACGUACACACUAAAUAAAGCUUCCCAGACCAAAAAACCUACCAAGUCUCCGACAAGUGGCACUGGUUUUAUCCAGGCAGCAACAUCUAUGUCAAAGCAUCGUUCUAGUAAUGUUAAACACAUCAAACAUGAGGCAGGUGGCACUAGGACUGUACAAACGGGCGCAAGUGUGUCUAGACGUCAUUCUAAUCGUAUCGAGGACAGCAAGGAUUUGACACGUGAUACGAAUAUUAUUCAGGCAGUAACAUCAGUGCCAAAACAUAUAUCUAAUAAUGUCAAAAACUCCAAACGUGUGACAGAUGACACUAGGGCUGUUCAAGAAAUAACAACGGUGUCAAAGCAAGGCUCUGACAGUGGCAAAUACAGGAAGCACAUGACAGGUAUCACGAAAACUGUGCCAAAGCUUAGUUCUAAUAGUGUCAAACAUAGCAAACACGUGACAGGUGAUACUAAGAAUGUGUCAAAGCAUAGUUCUAAUAAAGUCAAAGACACCAAGCAUGUGGCAGGUGACACUAAAACUGUACAUGCAGGCACAAGCGUGUCACAACAUCGUUCGAAUAGUAAUAGUACCAAAGACACCAAGAGUAUGACAGGUGACACAAAAAUGGUGUAUGGAGGUACAGGUGUAUAUAAGCAUCGUACUACUAGUGUCAGAGGCACCAAGCAUGUGACAGGUGACACUAAACCUGCAUAUGCAGGUGCAAGUGUGUCAAAACAUCAUUCUAAUAGUGUCAAACACAGCAAGCACGUGACAGGUGACAAGAGCGAAGCAUCGGUGAAGCGUGAGCAGGGAGCGAGUAGCCGGUGUCGUCGUGACUGUGGGGAUGAUGUGUCAGGCGCUGUGUGUAUCCCGUGCGUCCGCGUGAGUGCACCUACCACGCCGCGCGUCCGAGCGCCCGUGCAGUCUCCACAACUGAGCCCGGCUUCACAUCCCUCAGUCAGUCACCCUAGCACGAGCUGUAGUCUGUCACACAGUCACCUUAGCACCACUAGCGUAUCGCCGUUAACCAGCUCACAGACUGCUCAGAAAUCAAUAGGCAGCCGUGUGACAAUCGUCCCCGGUCACCGCUGUGUCAACCCCGCUGCUGCUGGGAAACAGUUGCCAUGGUUGGUCGCUACUGCUGCUACUGCUGCUCACAUGCGAUCAGUCAAUAAGUCGCCAAGCAGUCUACACAAGACUACUGCUGCUACUGCUGCUGCUGCACAAGGGAAACCGAUGAAUCUGAUAGCCUCAGCUUCUUCUACUAAUUUCUGCUUGUCAAGUUUUGGUGAAGCAAACGUAGGGUCUAAGGCUGCAAGGUUGGAUGUAGGGAAGCAGAAGGAGGGAGCAAGAGAGCUGCAAGGGAUGCCCAGCCGUCCUUAUAAUAUACGUAUACGUGCAAUACCGGCUGCUAGCCCAGCUAAAGCUACCACCUCUGAAAAUAGAAGCAGUGAGGUCUGUGACCACGUGGCUGCAGCAAAAGUUGCUCCGAGGAAGAGGGGUGUCGCAAUGGAGGCAGAUGCUGCGAGAGAGAAGCACGCUGGCAGAGACACGGUUGCUAGAAGAGAAGCAGAUGCUAGGAGCAUCAGUGAGAGUAAAGCCGUGUGUCCUGCUCGCCCCAAGCGCAGCGCCACGGGACAGGAGGCUGAGAGCCCACGGUCACGCGACGUGUUGUUAGCGAGACCUGCGUCGCCACCGAGGAAACGCAAGCACGGAAAAAGCACGCUGCCGGCUCCCAGCGAGCGUCAUAUUGCUCGUGUGUGCUCGCCAAGCAUAGAGGAGGCCUACAGCAGGCGUGAAUCCGCAGCUCCCUUCACAGCUGCUGAUACACGGCCUUGCCUUACCUUGCCAACAAAGACACUAACACCUCUCACCCCUGCUACACUGACACAUACCUUACAACCUAAGACUCGGACAAAUAUCUCACUAACAAAGACACUAGCCCCUCUCACUCCUGCUACACUGACACGUACCUCACAACCCAAGACACAGACACAUACCUCACAACCUAAGACACAGACACAUACCUCACAACCUGAGACAGAGACAAAUAUCUCACUAACAAAGACACUAGCAACUCUCACUGCUGCUACUCUGACACCCCCCUCACAACACAAGACACAGACACAUACCUCACAACCCAAGACACAGACACAUACCUCACCAGCAAACACAGGCCACACUUUGCCACCAAAGACAACAUCAUCCACGGGAAGAAAUCUGUUUGAAUUUAUUCUCGGUGAGUCUUGUCUCAACGUACGUGACUCUAGCAGUGUUUUGCCUCCUCCCAAACCCUUGCUGACAUGCUCGAACGAAUCGGUGACUUGUGUAAGGAGCAACAAAUGUGAAUCCAGCAUCUCGGCUACAUUCAGCGGUCCGAGUAUUAUGGGAUGUGAUUCCCAGCCGGGCCGCCCCGAGGGCUGGAACGCCUCUAGUGCUGUGACCGAACAGAAGUCCUCCCCAGAGGUGGCGCCAGCAUCGAUGCGACCUCACGUUGUGUUGGAGGACAUGUCAUCGCAGCUGCGUGGUUACGCGUCCGUCUACCUCCGCUCGCCCCACAGUACGAGUUUCACUCCCACGAAGCCGUGCGAAGCCUCGACGCAGACAUACGCGAAGGCACGCGACUGCCGAGCUGACGUUGCCAUGCCGACGCCAUGCGGCAAGAAGCUGAGGAGCAUGGGAGGCGCGCGAUAUUCGAACGCGCGGCCGCUGCCGUCGCUGUGCCACAAGAUCUCGUACUAUUGUCCUCAGCCGCCAGGUGGCGCCUUCGCCGACAAGCGAGCAGCUGAAUCGCUUGCCCUAACAGCGAGGCGCGCCGACGCCCCCUUCAGGAGCUCGGAUCGGCAGCGGCGGCGAAGGUACGAGAAGCUGAGCAGUGCUCACACGUCGAUGGUGGAGGCGAUGAGGGAGGAGGCACAGGAGGAUGGGUUCGGACUCACGGAGGCGGUCGAUCUGAUCCGCUCGCUGACGACGUCCGCGCGCAAGCCGCAGAGCAGAUAUAUCAUCUACCUGCUCUCCGACGUACUGCUGUCUGUGAAAGACCUGAAGCUAGCUACCAAUGCUUACCAGACGCUGAUGAAGAUACAGCAGCUGCACAGAACGACGAAGAGUUUUGUUCCGUGGUCGUGGAACCACGUGCGUCGUGGCGCAGAGGGGUUCGUCGCAGGAGUGAGGGAGGGAGACGCGACCGCGGCCGCUCGCUGUCUGCUAGCCCUCACCUACAUGACGCGGGUGAUGGAGGAGGACCUUGAGGAGGUGUCGCAGUCCCCGACGCACACAGAGUAAGAGAUGGAGCU